CUUGGAGCACUGUUGACUUUUCAAGCAACAUCUCCGGGCUCCGAGCGGAAAGAAAAGUUGGACAUGCAGAUCUAAACGAGGAUUUAGCAGGGAACAGAAAGAAAAGAAAAAGAGCUCGACUUCUUUCUUGUCUGGAGAUGUUCGCGCCUGCAGGCAAGCGCUGCUUCACCAUCGAGUCUCUAGUGGCCAAGGAGAACCCGCUGGCCGAAGAACCCAUCCGCCCCACGGCGCUCAGCUACGCCGGUCCGGCCCCUGACGCCCUGAUGGGCGGCUACCAAGCGGCCGCCGCUCCAGGGGUGGCUGCAGCGGCUGCCGCUGCGGCUGUUGCCCGCUCGCUCUACCCGAACCCAGCCGAGCUGGUGUUCCCCGAGUCGGUGAGCCACCCGCAGCUGGCCGUUGGCCCCCACUCGCACACCCACCAUCACCACCAUCACCACCAACAUCAGAACCAGCACCUGCAGCACCACGCACACUUCUUCGGCUCGGCGCAGCACCGAGACCCGCUCAAUUUUUACCCCUGGGUGCUCCGGAACCGCUUCUUCGGACACAGGUUUCAAGGUCAUGACGCGUCCCAGGACAGCCUGCUCCUCCACGGCCCGUUCGCCCGGAAGCCCAAGCGGAUCCGAACCGCCUUCUCACCGUCGCAGCUGCUGCGCUUGGAGCGGGCCUUCGAGAAGAACCAUUACGUGGUGGGCGCCGAGCGGAAGCAACUGGCCGGUAGCCUAAACCUGUCCGAAACGCAGGUGAAGGUUUGGUUCCAAAACCGGCGGACCAAGUACAAGCGUCAGAAGCUGGAGGAGGACGGGCCGGAUGCCCAGCAAAAGAAGAAGGGCAACCACCACAUCAACAGGUGGCGUAUGGCCACCAAACAGACCAGCUCCGAGGACAUCGACGUCACCUCGGAGGACUGAAAGAGAACAAAAAACAAAAGGAACAGAAACACUGCUGCCUCACGAGGACCAACAACACUAUUUAUUAUGUAAUAUGAUGAAGUAUAUGUACACGUACCGGGAGCAAACAAGACUGUGUGUGGAGUGGGACGAGAUGGACUGGGACGAGAUGGACGCCCCCCCCCCCCCUGUGUUCUCAUGCUGUUCUUUCAUUAAAGCUGCUGUCAGUCACCAACCGUGGUUUACUUUCAUCC